AUUUUGACAGAAUCUUAUAUUCUGGAAUUAUUUGAAUGAUUUGGUAAAUUUUUUAAAUAAAUCAUUUACUAUGAGUGAUGAAAAUCUAAAACCCUCUGGAUCAAAAGAAAAAAACGAGUCUGACGACCCACCUGACAACCCACCUGACCAAGAUGAAUGUGAUCAAGGGGUUUGUUAUAUAAAAGAAGCCGAAGAAAAAGAUGAUUCAAAGACUUUUAUUACAGAUAUAUUAGACAAAGCAACAAAUAUUGAGGAAUCGGCUCCUUCGCGGGUAAAUUUUGACGAAAACCUGCUCUCAAAAUUGGGCUUAGUAGAGUCUAAGGACCUCGAGAAUAUCAAUACAGAUGAGGAUGCAUCAAAACUUAAGGCAUAUAUACCAAAAGGUUAUAUCGAUAGUGCAAUAAUGGUUCUUGACCCUGAUAUUAUUCCAGAAAAACAGGAAUCGACUUCUGUAGAAGACGAAUCUAUAAGCCUAAGUAUGCUUUCUUCUAUAGUUCCUUCAGAAAUUUUAGAAAAAAUGAGUGAAAUUUUUGCCGAAGAGAAACAGGACACAGCACUUAAAUAUGGUCCUUUAAUUGGUGCUAUUGAUGAAGGAACCUCUAGUACACGGUUUUUAGUAUUUGCCUCAAAAACAGCAGAAGUUCUUACUUAUCACCAAGUACCAAUACCUUCCAUUGUUCCUCAGGAGGGUUGGUUUGAACAGGACCCUAUAUUAAUAUUACAUGCUGUGAAAGAAACCAUAAAAGUAACCUGUGAUAAUUUAGACAAAUUAAAUAUUGAUGCUGGAGAGAUAGCAGCAAUAGGAAUUACAAAUCAAAGAGAAACUACUAUCCUUUGGGACCGUGAGACUGGACUACCAUUAUACAAUGCAAUAGUUUGGAUGGAUACAAGAACUAAUACUACUGUAGAUGAAAUUUUAAAAUAUGGACUACGUAGUCAAUACUUUUUACAGCAAGCAUGUGGUCUUCCAGUUAGCACAUAUUUUAGUGCACUCAAAAUUAAAUGGCUGAUGGAUAAUGUACCAGCAGUCAAAACAGCUGUUGAUGAAGAAAGAUGUUUAUUUGGGACUGUUGAUACAUGGAUAAUAUGGAACCUUACUGGGGGAAUUAAUGGUGGAGUGCACAUUACAGAUGUUACAAAUGCAUCUAGGACUAUGCUCAUGAAUAUUGAAACCUUAAAGUGGGAUCAAAAACUAUGUGACGUUUUUGGCAUUCCAAUGAAUAUUCUCCCAGAAAUAAGAAGUUCAUCUGAAAUAUAUGCAUGCUUAUUCAUGGAAGGAAUUCUAGAUGGUGUUCCUAUAUCUGGUAUUUUAGGUGACCAGCAGGCUGCUUUAGUGGGUGAAAUGUGCUUUAAAAAUGCUCAAGCAAAAUGUACGUAUGGUACAGGGUGUUUCAUUCUUUAUAACACAGGUCAACGUAGGGUGAUAUCGUCUCAUGGACUACUUACUACGGUUGCUUAUCAAUUCGGUCCCAAAACACAACCAAUUUACGCCUUAGAAGGAUCUGUUGCUAUAGCAGGUAUAAGCAUUAAGUGGUUAAGGGAUAAUUUGGAAAUACUGAAAGAUGCUGCUGAAUCAACAGAACUAGCUCAAUCUGCUGGCACUGAGGGUGAAGUAGUUUUUGUCCCUGCUUUUUCAGGAUUGUAUGCCCCUUAUUGGAGACAAGACGCUAGAAGCGUAAUUUGUGGAUUGACUGAAGAAACCAAACCGGGGCAUUUAGUGAAAGCAGCUCUCGAAGCGGUUUGUUUUCAAGUUAGAGACGUAUUAGAAGCCAUGACGUUAGAUUGUAGUAUGCCUCUAAAUAAGCUGUUAGUCGAUGGGGGAAUGACAGUUAAUGAUUACCUAAUGCAGAUGCAAUCCGAUUAUACCGGCAUUCCCGUUGUUAGACCAACACUGACUGAAACGACCUCUUUUGGAGCUGCUAUCGCAGCAGGUAUCGCAGAAGGAAUUGCUGUAUGGGAAUUAGACAAAAUACUACCAGUGCCAUGUGACACGUUCCAACCUCAAAUCUCUGAAGACUUACGAAACAUCAAGUUUUCCAAAUGGAAAAUGGGUAUUGAACGAAGUCUAGGAUGGAUAAAAACUGGAGGGGUUGUAAACGAAAUAAAUUUACCUAGAAUGGUAGAAUGGGACGAAAACAAAUCAGAAGAGAGAAUUGUAGCGGCCGCUCCUGCUGGACUCUUCCUUAUUGGUGCUGCGGCUAUUAUAGUCUUGUCUGAAUAUUUUCGGAGGAGUAUUAGGUAGUUUCAAUUUUUUUUAAAAUAGCUUUUAAUGUUAAUAGGAUUUUUUUUAGCCAUUCAAUUGAUUGCUAAAAUGUUUAGUCCAUGGAUGCUACUGAUCGAUAGAAAUCAGUUUGUAGUCGAGUUUUGUGGCUCUUUGUGUAGUUAGACAAGCGAACGAAAAUAAUUAAUUGCACAGAAAGCUUUAAAGUUGUUGACACGCGUCUUGGACUUAUUGUAAAAUCUCAUAUUUUCUUAUUAGUGAUAGGACUUUUCAGGAAAAGUAAUUUUUGGAAUAAUCCGACGGACAUGUCCGGAAAAGUAGUGAAAAACAGUCGACAUUGGGUAUAGAAGACAAAAUCAAAUAUUUUUCCAGUCUGGAUGUUUUUUAUUUGGGAACAAUAUUUGUAUUUUUGAUUUUUUAUUACAACUUUUUUCCAACCUUUAGAUUUUUUUGGUAAUUUUUUUAUUAUUUUAAAUUCAAAAACAUUAUUAAAAUAUAUAAAAAUUUGUUAAUAAUUUGUCGUUUCUUCUAUUUUAAACUAUAUUUUUCUUUGUUAAUAAAAAAUUUAGACAAUUUAGUUAAUACAGUUUGGACUAGUUAACUUUUCAGACUAACCCGUCGGAUUUGUCUGUGAACAUUACGGUCCAUUACUAUUUUUUAUAGACUUGACAGUAUUAUUAAGUUACCUACAUGUUUAUGGUUAUUUAUGAAAUAAAAUGUGUUAGCUGUGAUUAGUUUUAUACGUGAUUAAUAAAAAGACUUUAUUUUAGUUAUGUUUAAGUCAUAAAUAUCUUAAACUUGACGAUUUACUUCUGUUGCUAAAAUGAAAUGAGUUUUACAAAAAUUUGUUUGUAAAAUUUUUGCUACUUCCAAAUUGAAAUCGUUAUUUUUUUAUAUAUACAGUGUGGGUUAUCGGUAACGCUUCUAGCUGCAAAGAAUUCUAUUUUUUUAAUCUGUUUUCACAGCGAGAUAUACAAGGGUGUUCUUUAAUGAUAAUACGAGUAUUUAGUCGUGUGAAUCUACAUGAAAAAUUAAUAAUAGUUUGCUUUAAAAAAUAGUUUUGGUUUUAAAAACUUAGGCGGUACAUAUGGCCCACCCUAUAUAUUUACAAAAAAUAUUAAUUUACUAUUAUUCUUCAACAAGUGCUUCUAAUUGAUUAAAUACAACAAAAAUUUUUUAUAUUGACUAUUACCUGCGAUUUGUUCUGUUUAAAACGGGAAAGGCGCAGUCUUCAUAAAUCGAAAUAUACAAGGUGUAGCUUAAAAAAAAACGGAUUCGUGCUAUAAAUUCUUUAAUUGAUUUUCUUUCAUAAAUUUUAACAUUAUCCCCCUUCAUGGCGCUUUUACCAGUUCAUGCGAGUUUUUAAAUGAUCAAAGCAUUUAUCUUUUUAAAGUAUGUUCAUUGUCUGUGUCGUUUUUUUCUAUUCCAACUUCUGCUGUCUCAAAUAUAAUUCCUGUCAAUGCUGAUUUGACUCUUGGGAAAUGGAAUGAAUGUUCUAGCACAGGACCAAAAACCUAUUGAUAGGCAGUUCAGAGUGGGCUGGAACGUUAUUCUGUCGUUCACGACAAGUAAUCCUGAUAUCAAUGUAGUAAAGUUAUUUCACAUUGACGCAUUGUUUUACCUAAAGACCACGGACUGAAGAUACAAACUUCACUACAAACGAAAGCUCUAUCCCAACUAAGAAAAGUGUAACCUUGAUGAUGACAGAGAGGAGAUGUCACGUGUUUCUGCAGAACGGUCAGUCCAUUUUUUUUUUAUAG